AUGAGCAAAUCCGAGUUCAAAGUCAUCAUCGUCGGCGGAUCAAUAGGAGGCCUGACCUUCGCGCAUUGCCUACAACGCGCCGGAAUUGACCAUGUUGUCCUCGAAAAAGCCAGCAACCCAGCACCCCAAAUUGGGGCAUCCAUCGGUAUUUCCCCAAACGGAGCUCGCGUCCUUGAUCAACUCCAACUGUACGAGCUGGUUGAGGAACACAUUGAGCCCUUGACUACCGCAACCAUCCGCUAUCCCGACGGUUACAGCUUCAAGGGGUCUUUUCCUCAAGUGAUAAGUGAAAGGUUCGGGUAUCCGAUCGCCUUCUUAGACCGACAGAAGAUGCUUGAAAUACUCUAUGAAAACUACCCAGAUCGUCGAAGCAUUCGCCUGGGGGAAAGAGUGACCAAGAUCGAAAGUUGCGGUAAUGCAGUUAUAGUGAGAACGUCCAAGGGAUCUGCCUACCGAGGCCAUCUCAUCGUUGGUGCAGAUGGCGUCCACAGCAAAGUUCGACAGGAAAUCUGGAACACCCUCGAGAGAACCAGCUCCGGAGUGGCAACUGAGAGAUCUAGUCUCACGGCGGAGUUUCGCUGUAUCUUCGGCAUCUCCUCCCCCAUCAAUGAAUUGGUCCCAGGGGAGCAAGUAAACGCGCUAUUUGACGGCCUUACCAUCAUUACAAUCCACGGAAAAAAUGGUCGUGUGUAUUGGUUCGUCGUACAGAAGUUGGACAAGAAAUACACUUAUCCGGACUGCCCACGCUACAUGACAAGUGACAUUGAAAUCGCGGCAGAGGAACUGAGAAGUAUAGUAUUCUACAAAGAUCUUAAUUUCGGGCAUCUAUGGGAGACUCGGGAAACAGUCUCCAUGACGGUCUUGGAGGAAAAUACCUUUGAGACCUGGUACCAUGACCGGCUAGUUCUUCUGGGUGAUAGUGCUCAUAAGAUGACCCCAAAUAUUGGACAAGGCGCCAACAUGGCCAUAGAGGACGCCGCAGCUCUGGCAAAUUUACUUCAAAGCUUAAGGAAGGGUCGGAGCACCUGGCCUCCCACAGAUGGACAGGUGCAGACUCUUCUGCAUCAAUAUCGCAGUAUUCGCCAUGGCCGUGUCAACUCAGUUUAUAAAAGCUCCCGCUUUCUGGUCCGCCUACACGCCCGAGAUGGCCUACUGAAGACUCUCUUUGGUCGAUACUACAUACCAUAUGCAGGUGACUUGCCAGCGUAUAUCGGAUCUAAGUCUAUUGCCGAUGGGGUGUUGUGUGAUUUCCUACCUCCCCCAAUGCGCAGUGGAGGCGGAUGGGAGAGGUAUCGGACCAAACACUCAAAUUGGAGGUGGGUGCCUCAAGCUACCUUGUAUGUCCUCGCUUUUGCUAUUUUGUAUACAUACAUGGAUUGGAGGAGGGUACUUGGACUCGAUAGUGUUGAAUCGUUGUGA